AUGGAAGGUGUUGAUCUCACCAAGGCGAUGUUGAACAAGGGCAAGCAGAUGGCCAACGUUGCGGCGUCAGCUGCCAAUGGCAACGGCGGCAAGAAGAGGCGCAAGGGUACUGAUCUGAAGCCGAUCGUCACGAAUGAAGUUGGCGCGCCUGGGUCAGAUCCCGCCACCGAAUCUGGUGCCGCGGCCACCAACCCGAAGCCGGCCGGAGCCCCGUUGUCGCGAUCAUCAUCGUCAUCGUCCGCCGACGAGCUGGAGACCACCGCUGAGGAGGAAGAUUCGGAGGACUACUGCAAGGGCGGCUACCACCCGGUCGUUGUCGGAGAGACAUACAACAACGGCCGCUACGUUGUCGUGCGCAAGCUGGGAUGGGGUCAUUUCUCCACGGUCUGGCUGUCGCGAGAUACAACCACGGGAAAGCAUGUCGCGCUCAAGGUCGUCCGCUCGGCCGCCCACUACACCGAGACCGCCAUCGAUGAGAUCAAGCUCCUCAGCCGGAUCGUCCAGGCAAAACCCUCGCAUCCGGGCAGGAAACAUGUCGUCAGUCUGCUCGACUCGUUCGAGCACAAGGGACCGAACGGUGUGCAUGUCUGCAUGGUGUUCGAGGUGCUGGGUGAGAAUCUCCUGGGACUGAUCAAGCGCUGGAACCACCGUGGGAUUCCGAUGCCGCUGGUGAAGCAGAUCACCAAGCAAGUGCUGCUUGGGUUGGAUUACCUCCACCGCGAGUGCGGCAUCAUCCACACAGACCUCAAACCGGAGAACGUGUUGAUCGAGAUCGGUGAUGUGGAGCAGAUCGUCAAGGCCAAUGUGAAGGAGGAGACCAAAAAAGAAGACAAAGAGAAGGAGGACAAUCGCAAUGGGCGGAGACGACGACGGACAUUGAUCACGGGGAGUCAGCCACUGCCCAGUCCGUUGAAUACCAGCUUCAGCAGCUUCGACUUUAAACACAGCUCCCAGAACUCUCACAGCAGUCUCAGCCAGAUGGUGAACGAGUCAUCAGUCUCUUCAACAGAUAAGCCGUCGAUGAAGGAGACACUGGGUGUCAAGGAUGAGGACGAGCAACAGAAAACAAGGGAGAAGACAGCUGAUCUCCUAGAGAGAGAGGUGUCUGGAAUCUCUCUAGACAAAGGCUCGUCACCCAAGGAGCCAGAAGAUGAGUUCGACGCCAAUGUCAUCUCCGUCAAGAUCGCAGAUCUGGGUAACGCAUGCUGGGUUGGUCACCAUUUCACGAACGACAUCCAGACGCGGCAAUAUCGGUCACCAGAAGUCAUCAUGGGGGCCAAGUGGGGAGCGAGUACUGACGUCUGGAGCAUGGCCUGCAUGGUCUUUGAACUCAUUACUGGAGACUACCUAUUCGACCCACAGUCGGGAACCAAGUACGGGAAAGAUGACGACCACAUCGCACAGAUCAUCGAACUGCUCGGCCCGUUCCCCAAGUCCCUCUCUUUAUCCGGGAAAUGGUCCCAGGAGAUCUUCAAGCGGAACGGCGAACUGCGCAAUAUACACCGACUCCGCCACUGGGCCUUGCCGGACGUCCUGCGUGAAAAAUACCAUUACUCAAUGGAAGAGAGUAUGCGCAUCGGCGAGUUCCUCCUCCCGAUGCUCGAGCUUUCUCCAGAUAAGCGCGCCAAUGCGGGUGGCAUGGCAUCGCACGAGUGGAUGAAGGAGACGGUAGGGAUGGACGGCAUUGAUGUAGGGGUUGCACCAGGGACUCGUGGGGAGGGGAUUGAAGGAUGGGCCACCGAAGUCAAGCGGCGGUGA